GGAUGAACGUUUUCUUCGUACUACAAGGUAUCAUGUAGCGAGUGCUAAGCCGCAUAUGUACGGUCGGAGUACUAACAACUUAUGUUCUUUUUCGAGGCAGGUACCACGCCUUCUCUACGCAGAACAGACAAGACCAGACAAGCAAGGCACUCACGCACUCAUGCACCUUGCACCUUGCACAUUCCUUUUCUCACUAACUAGGGAUAUUAAACAAUAGCUUUGUCUCAGCUUUGCAUUCCUAAACUCUUCUCUCCUUCUUUCCCUGUCUUUUUUGUCAUUCACAAUACCUACGAGAUCACAAUAGACUUUUAUCAAACCCAACCUAAAGUUGGACAAAUAAAUCCUAGGUUUCACUAAAACAUAAUAAAUUCAAUUUAGGCCAAGACCGACCUCGACCUCAACUUUGGGCCACUAUUCGGUGACAAAUACCCCGCAAUCCCAUAACAGCUGUUCAAGUCGCACGCGCCAUCCAUCUGCCAUCUGCGUCUGUCCGACAUGUCUUUAAAUGUCGGCGACAGUGCACGGCGUGGCCGUACGCCCUCCCCAGCGCGCACUAACGAAGGUUAUGACCGCCGUCGCGGCCGCGAAAGUUCCCCGUCUCUGCUUGACGCAGUGCGCAUGCCCUCUCCACCUGCUGGGUACAGCUACGAUGACGCCGCACCUCGCCGCUCGUACCGCCCGGCUUCACCUACAGACGAGUCCAGUUAUUACCGCGCCAGCCGCGACUCUAUCACCUCGGAAGAUGACCGGCGCUAUGGAAGACGCAGCGAAGAGCGCGUAUCCAAGGGCGACAAGGAUAUAGUAGAAGCCGCCCAAGAUGCACUGCGACGGCUACGCGAGUCAGACAGCGAAAAAGAGCGGAGAAAGGAGCGCAAGAAAGAAAAAUUAGAAGAGGACUUAGCCUAUGGUAGUGUCGUGUCUCCUCCGAUUAUUACCAAAUACUCUGGCGGCCAUUCUCCAUCGCCUUCUGGCGGUGCCGGCUAUUCUGGGCCCGGCCGAUGGGAGGAGGACAGGGCGGGAGACAAGUUCAGAUAUCCCCGCGUAGACGCGGUGUAUACGCCACCGGGCUCAGACAGGCCGGAUAAACAACGCCAGCGUGAUUCUUAUGGAUCAGACAUUAGGCCUUCGAGCGCGAGAAUUGUUGCUGCCGAACCCGGCUUGGGUAAUCGUAGAGAUCACUCAUCCAAGCCACCUACUGGGCGGAUGUCUACGUUGACUGUUAACACGGGGCACCACGCUGCCUCACUCUCUCUCUCAAGCGCGCCGCCAUCGCCACUAUUGGAGUCUUACUAUGGCACCUACCAGUCCAUGUCCCCGAUGCCAUCACCGCUGCUCCUUGCUUCGGAUGACCCCAGAAGAAACUCGGACCUAAUUGAACCCCUCUCGCCGAGUCUUUCUGAUGAAGGCAACGAGAAGAAGCGGCGUCGCGCCCGUUUCCACGACCCUGUUGACGACGCGGCACGCCUAGCUAAAGCUCUCAGGGGCGAUCACCUACCUCCCGAUACAGAGCCACUAAUUGAAAUUUUACCUGGAAUGACGCACGAGCAGAUUAUGGAGCUGCGUGUCGAGUACAAGCGGCUCGUCAAAACCGGUCCUGAACGCAAGGGUGUUAAUGUUGCUAAGCAUAUCCGCGUUCGCCUAAAAGAUGAGGAACCCGUCCUCAUGAAGGCAUGCUACACUGUCGCGCUCGGGAAAUGGGAGUCAGAGGCGUACUGGGCCAAUUUCUGGUAUCACGGCGAUAAGACGCGACGCGAGUUGUUGAUUGAGAGUCUAAUGGGGCGCUCUAACUACGAGAUCGCAAAGAUUAAAGAGGCUUUCUCGGAUAAGAAAUAUAGAGAUUCACUAACGCUGUGUAUGAAAACCGAGCUAAAGGAGGACAAGUUCAAGCGUGCGGUACUCACAGCACUAGAAGAAAAGCGGAUGGAGGAUGUGGAUGAGUACGGACGGCGACUUCCCAUCAAUCAUGAAAUGGUGCAGGAUGAUGUUGAAGCUUUGUAUAAAGCCGUUCGCAGCGACAGAGGUGGAGAAUCCGCCAUGAUCCAAAUAGUUGUCUCGAGAAGCGAUAACCACUUGAGAGAAGUUCUGAGGCUCUACGAGAAGGUUGUCGGCGGUAAUUUCGCUCGAGACGCGCUAAAGAAGAGCGGAAAUCUUGUGGGCGAACUCCUAGCUCAUAUCCUCAAUGGAGUUAUUAACAAGCCUGUCCGCGAUGCACUCCUUCUCCAUCACGCCCUUACCGCUUCCAGGAAGGAUCAAUUACGUCGUGAACUCCUCAUCUCCCGUCUCGUUCGUUUCCAUUGGGACCGCCACCAUAUGGCAGCUAUAAAGAAGGCCUAUCGCGAGCGCUACGGUGAAGAGCUAGCCGAUGCCGUAAAGGAGGGGACUAGCGGCGGCUGGGGGUCAUUCUGCCAGCAGCUGGUUGUCACUCGCAUGCCCGACGAUGUGAAGAGCUUCGAGAAGGUUGAGGCUGUGAAGGAGAUCAAGCGGUCGGAUCGGGAGAAGGAAGAGAGGAUUAGGGAAAGAGAACGUGAGAUGGAUCGCGAAAGCGAGAAGGAGAGGGAACGAGAGGAGAGAUAUAGACGGAAGGAAAAGGAGAGGGAGAGGGAGAAAGAGCGGAGGAGGGAGAAAGAGAGAAGCGAAGGAUUACUUGUUGUUAAGGAUCACAAGCACAGAGACAGAAGUCGCAGUCGAGAGAGGAGCAGAAGCCGGGCGCGAGAGUAAGGGGAGUUUGGACGAGCCGGAUAUCACUUUAUUAAUGACGUCAAGCGAUACACAGCCGGGCUGUGAUAUAGAAUGAUUUGAUGAAGAUGAAGAUUAACGAAUAUUGAGUCGGGGGAUAUAAUAGGCUUCUAUCUAAUAUCGCAACGAUGCCAUAUACGAAGUAUAUAUAUCGAUAAACUAUGAGAGGUAUUUUAUAUAGAAGAGUCCAAUACAGACCCGAUACGACGAG